UUCCUCAUCCCCUCCGUCGCGUCACCAGGCCUCCUUUCCGUUAGUCGCUGGCCCUGGAGCUCCCUCUCCGCCACAGAGCCCCACUUUGGAAGGAAGGCCAAGGGGACUACAACUCCCAGGGGGCCUCGCGGUUCCGCCCCACGCGCAGGGUUGUGUCAGCAGCGGCUGCCUCCAAGGUGCCUGAGGUGGACCUGAAGGACUUGAGCCCCUCCGAGGCGGAGCCACAACUAGGACUGAGCACGGCCGCCGUGGGCGCCAUGGCCCCCCCGGCAGGCGGCGGGGACCCCGAAGCUCCGGCUCCUGCCGCGGAGCGGCCCCCGGCCCCUGGCCCGGGCUCGGGGCCCGCCGCCGCCGCUCUCAGCCCUGCCGCCGGGAAGGUGCCUCAGGCGUCGGCCAUGAAGCGGAGCGACCCGCAUCACCAGCACCAGCGGCACCGCGACGGCGGCGAGGCCCUGGUCAGCCCCGACGGCACGGUCACCGAGGCGCCGCGCACAGUCAAGAAGCAGAUCCAGUUUGCUGACCAGAAGCAAGAAUUCAACAAGCGUCCCACCAAAAUUGGACGUCGCUCUCUGUCUCGUUCCAUUUCUCAGUCAUCUACUGACAGCUAUAGCUCAGCGGCUUCAUAUACAGAUAGCUCCGAUGAUGAGACAUCCCCCAGGGACAAGCAGCAAAAGAACUCUAAGGGAAGCAGUGACUUCUGUGUCAAGAACAUCAAACAGGCAGAAUUUGGACGAAGAGAAAUUGAAAUUGCUGAACAAGAAAUGCCUGCACUGAUGGCUUUGAGGAAGAGAGCUCAAGGAGAAAAACCUUUGGCUGGAGCCAAAAUCGUGGGUUGCACACAUAUCACUGCGCAGACUGCUGUGCUUAUGGAAACUCUGGGUGCUCUGGGGGCUCAGUGCCGGUGGGCUGCCUGCAAUAUCUAUUCCACUCUCAAUGAAGUGGCUGCUGCUCUAGCAGAAAGUGGAUUUCCUGUCUUUGCCUGGAAAGGAGAGUCAGAAGAUGACUUUUGGUGGUGCAUUGACAGAUGUGUAAAUGUGGAGGGCUGGCAGCCAAACAUGAUCUUGGAUGACGGAGGGGAUCUUACUCACUGGAUUUAUAAAAAGUACCCCAACAUGUUUAAGAAAAUCAAGGGCAUAGUUGAGGAGAGCGUUACUGGAGUCCAUAGGCUAUACCAACUGUCCAAAGCUGGGAAGCUCUGUGUUCCAGCCAUGAAUGUCAAUGACUCAGUCACCAAACAGAAAUUUGACAACCUCUACUGUUGCCGUGAAUCAAUUCUUGAUGGACUUAAAAGGACAACAGACAUGAUGUUUGGUGGAAAGCAAGUGGUGGUCUGUGGCUACGGAGAGGUGGGGAAGGGGUGCUGUGCUGCUCUGAAAGCCAUGGGCUCCAUUGUGUAUGUUACUGAGAUUGACCCCAUCUGUGCCCUGCAAGCCUGUAUGGAUGGAUUUCGACUGGUAAAAUUGAAUGAGGUCAUCCGACAAGUGGACAUUGUUAUUACCUGUACAGGUAACAAGAAUGUGGUAACCAGAGAACACUUGGAUCGUAUGAAGAAUAGUUGCAUCGUUUGUAACAUGGGACAUUCCAACACGGAGAUUGAUGUGGCGAGUCUGCGGACACCAGAACUGACCUGGGAGCGAGUGAGAUCCCAAGUUGACCAUGUGAUAUGGCCUGAUGGCAAGAGGAUAGUACUGCUGGCAGAGGGUCGUCUGCUGAACCUAAGCUGCUCCACAGUGCCUACAUUUGUGCUCUCAAUCACUGCUACUACUCAGGCUCUCGCCUUGAUAGAGCUUUACAAUGCUCCUGAGGGUCGCUACAAGCAGGAUGUCUACCUGUUGCCUAAGAAAAUGGAUGAGUACGUGGCGAGCCUACACCUGCCCACCUUUGAUGCCCACCUGACAGAACUGACAGAUGAACAGGCCAAGUAUCUGGGACUCAACAAGAAUGGGCCCUUCAAGCCUAAUUACUACAGGUAUUAAGUGCCUGUAACUCAAGCCAGAAGACAUUAUAAAGAAUAGAACUCCAUGCCUUUUCUCUUACUACUAUCCAAGAAAGACCCAGCAAGCUGCUCCUUCAAUCAGCUGCCCGCCGUGCUCACCCUGUGUGUUAGGUUAUUUAUUUAUUAAAAUCUAGAAUCCUGUGCCUGUA